GUGGAACAGCGACAUUACCUGGUUUCCAAAGCCGUGGAGGAGGUGCAGAAAAUCAUCCAGCAACUGACCGCAGAAGUCAGCUAUAAGGCCAUGCGAUUCCAGGCUAUCUCUAACUCUGGCAUUCACAAUGAGAAUAUUAAGGAUCAGCCAGCUUUACUGGCCAAGUGGUCAGCUAUGCUUCGGGGGAAGCGCCCAUUCCACCCAUCCAUCCAGGUCUUAGCACCCAGCCAAUUCCUCAUCACAGUCCCUCUGCGUGGCCUGACCGGCUACAGGGAAUGCCAGGUACGGCACUGGCGUUAUUACACCAUGCAUGGAGCCAAGCUCCUCUCCUCCGUGCGGGACCCUGAGGAAUUGCAUCAAUGGCUGGAGGUGGAGCAGUUCUCAAAAAGCCUUCAGCAGUGGCAUGAAACGGAUGUCAACAUUGAAGGAGAUCUGGUUCCGGCCAAAGUCCUUAUCGUCUUCCGGGAGCUGGUGGAGAAGUCGAUUAUCUCCUGUAACCUCUCCAGUAAAGUGACAGUGCUGGAGAGCUUCAGCUCAGUGGUCCGGGUGGCUGUGGAGACGUCAGAAUCCCAGGUCGAGGUGGAGCUGGUCCCUGCUGUGGAGAUUCCAACCUGCUGGCCUGAGAAAGCCCGGUGGCCUCGUUGCUUUAAGCGUUGGCCUUCCCAGGAAAAAGUGCAGUGCAUCAAGUCACUUGGUUUUGACCUUUUGGCCCGCUCCAAUUAUCACUGGCAGCUCUGCUUCUCCCGUGCCGAGCAUAUACUCAUGGAAGGACUUGAUGAAGAUGGUGGUUGUCGCAUGAAGUGCUUCAGGGUCAUGAGGCAGAUGAAGGAAGAUGUCUGGUGUACUGGAAAUAAGCCUGUCAUCACAGCUUAUCACCUUCAGACAGUGCUAUUCUGGACGUGUGAAAAAUACCCACGCACCAAGGAUUGGCGCUGCUUCCCUGAAGCCUUUCUAAGGCUGGUGCAGAAGCUGCACAAGUGUGUAAGCCAGCACUUCCUCAAGCAUUACUUCGUCAAGAACACCAAUCUGCUCAAAUAUGCCAACACCAGUGACCUGGACUUGGUGGCCAGCAAGCUUGCAGUCUUCUUGGAGAACCCCGUCUUCUGCCUGGACUGAGGCAGGAAAAGGCCUCCUCACCCCAACCCUGAUCCCCUGCCUCCUCUCCCCACCUGUGGUUGUUCUUCGUGUCCUUCCAGU